GACACAGGCAGAUAGAGAAGCAGGCUCCCUGCAGGGAGCCCAUGUGGGACUCGAUUCUGGGACUCUAGGACUACGCCCUGGGCCAAAGGCAGAUGCUCAACCGCUGAGCCAUCCAGGGAUCCCCAUGGAGGGAUUUUGGAAACAUGAAAUAAGCUGCAUGAAAUAAGCCAGGCACAAAAGGACCAAUAUGACACGAUUCCACUUACAGGAGGUGCCUAAAUAGGAGAAUGUAUAGAGAAAGAAAGACGGUGGCUACUAGGAAUUGAGGGGAGUGGAUGCAGAGAGUUACUGUUGUUUAGUGGCAGAGUUUCAGUUUGGGAUACUGGAAAGUUUCUUUAAAAAACUUUUUUUAUGUAUUAUUCAUGAGAGAUAGACGCAGAGAGAGAAGCAGGCUCCAUGCAGGGAGCCCGAUGUGGGACUCGAUCCCAGGUCUAUAGCAUCAGGCCCUGGGUUGAAGGUGGCGCUAAACCACUGAGCCACUCAGGCACCCUGGGAUGCUGGAAAGUUCUAGAGAAGAAUGAUGGUGAGAUUGCAUGGCAGUGUGACUGUAUUUAAUGCUACUGAGUGGUACACUCAAAAAGGGUUGAAAUGGCAGAUUAUAUGUGUAUUUUAACCCAGUAAAAACUGGAGGUAAUAAUGCCUAUUCUGUAAAAAUGUUGCAGAGUCCUGAGAUCAAAGGUCUGUGAGAAACCUUUGCAACCUCAAGUGCUAUUAUUACCCAAUAGCAAUAAGCUAUGAUCCACUUGUUUUGGCUUUAUCCAAGAAUUCCCUAAAAAUCAUUGUUCUUUUGGGAGGGAAGUUUUUGUUGUUGUUGUUGUUGUUUAAAUCAUAUUGCUCCCUUUCCUCCGUGAAUUCAAAUAGGUUUUAAAGGAAAAAAAAAAAGCAGCUUUAGAACAUGCUGCCAUCCUUAAACUGUACCAUGAAAACUUUAUUACUUUUCACCAUUACCUAUCCAAAUACCUAUUACAGAGCAGUGCGUUAAAGAGGGUAUCAGCCACUCACACUGCAGUGUAAGCUACUUUCUUCCUAAUUCUGGCUGAGAACAGUAAGGCAGUGAUGAUCAAAUCUUUUUUUUUUUUUUUUUAAACAAGACAAACUUUUCCCCAAAUAGCUGACUUUGCAAUCUCAAUAAAUUGACAUUAAAUUAACUAAACCGAUCCAGAAGAUUGAACAAGGAGUAACUUUAUUUUUAGUUAAAUCACUUGAUGUGCAUUCUAAAAUAUUUAGGGGGAAGAAUGGCGAUGACUGCAAUCUAUUUCUAAAUGCAUCAAAAACUAAGAUGGUUUGAAGAAUGGAUAGAAGGAUAGGUAGAUGGACAGCUGUGUGGAAAAAGCAAGAGUAGUAAAUUUUUUUUUUUUUUUGUAAAAUGUUAAUAGUAGAAUCUCGGUGGUAGAUAUACCAGCAAUCACUGCCACAUUCUUUCAACUAUGUUGUGUGUUUAAAAUGUUCCUAAUAAAAUAUUGGGGGAAAAUUAAAUCGCUAACAAUACCUAGUAACUGCUCAUAUUCCUUUUCAUAAACAUAAAAAGCAAAUAAUAAAAAGAUAAAAAGAACUUCCAUAAGAGCUGCAACUUUCUAUGCUAUUAUAUGGAUCAUUGCUCAUCUGAACUAUUAGGAUGUGAUGAGGAGGUGGCACAUGCACUGGGCCUUGAAGGAUGAAUAGGAGGUUGGCAGCUGGAGAAGACCAGAGAAAGGGCCUUUCCCACAGAGGAACCAGUAUGUGAGAAUACACGAUUUAGUCAUGGGUAGCAAGUGUCCGCGGGCGGCUGGGGCUUGUGGUUGAGGUUGAGUUUUGCUGGAUUCACAGACUGGGUUUCAACUGCAGCAGCUCUGACAUUCUCUGGCUCCAUCACCUGAGCCUUUGUGAGCCUCGAUUCACCAUGUGUGAAAUGGAGAUAACAUUUACCUGCUGGGAUUCGGGGAGGACUGUUACAUGUCGAGCACCUGGCACAGCACUUACCCCUAGGUGAGCGCUCAAUGAACAUUAGCUGUUGCCACUGAGAGCCUGGGAAGCAAUUUGGGAGCUUGACUACUACCCUGUCGCGCAGGUCAGCUAUCUGGAUGCUGUGUCAUCUCAUUCCCCCGUUGAGCCCCUUCUCAAGGGAACCCAGGUUGGAGGGGCGGCAGUAAGGCCUUGGUUCUCACUCUAACCCCUUCCCUGCCCAGAGUCUCCCACAGACUGAGUGGUGUGUCCUCCUCCCAACGUCCCCAGGUCACACCCCACAGCGCAGACGGAUGGGGGAAUGUACUGCUGCUCUUCUGUCUUCUUCUUUUUUUUUUUUUAAUAUUUUUUAUUUAUUUAUUCAUGAGAGACAGAGAGAAAGAGAGGCAGAGACACAGGCAGAGGGAGAAGCAGGCUCCAUGCAGGGAGCCCGAUGUGGGACUCGAUCCCGGGACUCCAGGAUCACACACUGGGCCAAAGGCAGGUGCCAAACCGCUGAGCCACCCAGGGAUCCCCUCUUCUGUCUUCUUUAUUCCGAUACCAGCUCCCUAUUUGCACAGAGGAACUGUGCCUCCCCUUUAGUCCCAACACUACUUUUGUCUUACCAGUGAAGUCCCCACAUUCCCUUAUAUCGAGCUUUCUUGCACCCAUUCUCUCAUUCAUUCGUGACACAACCCACAACCCUGUGAGGUCAGCGAGGCACCUCCGGCCCCACUGCGGUGUGAGAGAGAACAAACCUGUGAUACUGAAAGGAAAUGACAGGUUUGAAAGUAAUGCAUCAUUGGUUGGGCGCCUGUCCACAGAGAUUGUGUGGGUCUCUCGUAAACAAAGGUGACAACACACUCAUUCCCACCACCAGCCCCGUAAGAGCAAGGUGUUGCCGCCCCAGAGGGAGCAUAUUUGCAUUUUUAAAAACCUGUGACCUUGGAACAGUACAGAGUGAACUGACUGACCUCCAUUGUUUGUUUGUUUGUUUUUUUUUUAGAUUUUAUUUAUUUAUUCUUGAGAGACACAGAGAGAGGCAGAGACACAGGCAGAGGGAGAAGCAGGCUCCCUGCGGGGAGCCCGAUGUGGGACUCGAUCCAGGGACCCCAGGAUCACAACCUGAGCCCAAGGCAGCCGCUCAACCGCUGAGCCCCCCAGGCGUCCCCUCCCGCUGGUUCUAGGGGGCUGACCCUGAGCACCUAGGGAAGCCGGCGGGCUCAUUCGCAGCCCUGAGACGAAGUCUGGCAGGAUAGAGUUCAGCAUCACUCCACACUCUGGCUGCCCCGAGUUGUCAUAGGAAGAGCCCAAGAGAAGAAAAUCUGCUGUGGCCUGCAGCCUCCGCGCAGGUGCAGCCGGACCUCAGCCCCUCCCAGGUGAAGGCUCUUCUCCCAAGGUCAGGUGGAGUCUAGCUGGUCAGGUGUGCUGGGCUGCGGUGGGAACAAGGCCUCUGCAUUUGAAACCAGUGCCUGGAAGCCGUUGCACCGCGUUCCCGGCGGCGCCUUGUACGUACCAUCUCCUCUCCAUGGCCUGCGUGUUCGCACCUCCAAAUACUGUGCUGCACUUGAGAUGGAGUUACUGCCCCUCUGGCUCUGCCUGGGUUUUCACUUCUUGACCUUGGAAUGGAGAAAUCAAAGUGGAAUGGCCAUAGCAGCUUCCCAAGGCGGCUGCGAGUUGGUUGACGGAGGGGCCGACUGCCGCGGGCGGAACCUCGAGGCCGUGCCCGCCGACCUGCCGGCCUCCUCCCGGCGCCUCCUCCUGGACGCCAACCCGCUCGGGACCCUGUGGAACCACUCGCUGGGCCGCUACCCGGCGCUCGAGAGCCUCAGCCUGCGCGGCUGCCGCCUGGAGCGCAUCGGCCGCGCCGCCUUCCGAGGCCAGGCCCGCGUGCGCAGCCUGGCGCUGCCCGACAACCGCCUGGGCGAGAGCUACCGGGACGCGGCGGCCGCCUUCCGGGGCCUGCGCGCUCUGCGGACGCUCGACCUGUCGGGGAACGCCCUGACGGAGGACAUGGUGGCCGCCCUGCUGCGCCCCGUGGCGUCGCUGGAGUCGCUGGCGCUGGCGCGGAACGCCAUCAUGCGGCUCGACGAGUCGGUGUUCGAGGGCCUGCGGCGCCUCCGGGAGCUCGACCUGCAGCGCAACUACAUCUUCGAGAUCGAGGCGGGCGCCUUCGACGGCCUGGCGGGGCUGCGGCGCCUCAACCUGGCCUACAACAACCUGCCGUGCAUCGUGGACUUCCGCCUCACGCAGCUGCGGGUGCUCAACGUCAGCUACAACGCGCUGGAGUGGUUCCUGGCGGCGGGCGGCGCGGCCUUCCAGCUCGAGACGCUCGACCUGUCGCACAACCAGCUGCUCUUCUUCCCGCUGCUGCCCGGCUGCGGCCGCCUGCGCACGCUGCUGCUGCGCGACAACCUGCUGGGCUUCUACGCGCGCCUGGACAACGCGUCGGCGCCGCGCGAGGCGGUGGCGCAGUUCGUCCUGCUGGACGGCAACGAGACGCGCGUGCGCACCGUGCGCCUGUGGGACGAGGCGGCGGCCGGCGACCUGGGCGGGCUGCGCGUCCUCGACCUGAGCCACAACCGCUUCCGGUACCUGCCCGACGGCUUCCUGCGCGCCAUGCCGGCCCUGGCCCGCCUCAGCCUCCGCCGGAACUGCCUGGCGUCGCUGCACUUCCGGCCGCGCGAGCCGCCCGCGGCGCUCGCGGAGCUGGACCUGAGCCACAACCUGCUGGCCGAGCUGCGCGUGGCGCCGGGCCUCCGCGGCCGCCUGCCGGGCCUCCGCGCCUUCAACCUCAGCUCCAACCGGCUCGCGGGCGUCCCCGCCGGCCUCUUCGCCGCCGCCGCCAACCUCAGCGCCGUGGACCUGAGCCACAACCGCAUCGCGCUGUGCCCCGCGCCCCGCGGCCGCGCGGCCUGCGUGGACCUGCGCAACGCGGCGGCGCUGCGGAGCCUGGCGCUGGAGGGCUGCGGGCUGCCGCCGCUGCAGGAGCAAGCGCUGCGGGGCACGGCGCUCACGCACCUGGACCUGUCGGGCAACCGCGGCGUGCUCAACGGCUCCGUGGGCGCGCUGCGGGCCGUGGCCGCCACCCUCCAGGUGCUGGCGCUCAGGAACGUGGGCCUGGGCCGCGGCCUCCCGGAGCUGGACCUGACGGGCUUCGGGAGCCUCCGGGACCUGGACCUGUCGGGGAACGCGCUGCGCGCCUUCCCGCGGCUCGGCGGCCCGGCCCUGCGGCGCCUCGACCUGCGCGGGAACCGCCUCACGGCGCUGCCGCGGAGCGCGGUGGCCGAGCGGCUGGCGCGGGGCCUGCGCACCGUCUACCUCAGCCAGAACCCCUACGACUGCUGCGGCCUGGACGGCUGGGCCGCCCUGCAGCGCCUGCACGCCGUCGCCGACCUGGCCGCCGUCACCUGCAGCCUGUCCUCCAAGGUGCUGCGCCUCGCCGAGCUGCCCGGGGGCCCGCCCCGCGACUGCCGGUGGGAGCGCGUGGACACGGGCCUGCUGUACCUCGUGCUCGUCCUCCCCAGCGGCCUCACCCUGCUCGUGGCCGGCACCGUGCUCUCCCUCACCUUCAGGAAGCCUCUGCUGCGCCUCAUCAAGAGCCGCUGCCGCUGGCCGUCCGUCUACUGAGCCGGCCCGGUGCAGGCCACAGGCCCCGCGAACCGAGGUUUCAGUCGCCGCCCCUGGUGGCCCCCGGGCGGUCCCCGGGCGCGCCUUCCCACACUGUGCGCCACCCUCGUCGCCCUGGGAAGAUAUUUAUUAAGCGGUGC